CGCACGCUUGGGUGCUGCCUCUGUGGGCGCCACGGCUGUGAUCCGAGCUCUAAACACUCACACGCCGACGCUAGUGCCGCGAUGAGCGACGACGAAGACUACGGCUUCGAGUACAGCGAGGAUGAUGAGGAGGAGGACGUCAACAUCGAGAACCAGUACUACAACAGCAAGGGGCUGCGCGACACUGACGAGGAUGCGGCCGUCGCCGGCUUCAAGGAAGUGGCGACAAUGGAGUCGGACAAGGGCGAGUGGGGCUUCAAGGCGUACAAGAUGAUCGUCAAGCUGCAGUUCAAGCGCGGCAAGUGGGCCGAGAUGAUGGAGGCGUACCGCGAGCUGCUGACCUACAUCAAGUCGGCCGUCACGCGCAACUACUCUGAGAAGGUCAUCAACAAGAUCCUCGACCUCGUCUCUGGCUCCGAGCAGAUGGCGCUGCUGCAGGAGCUGUACGAGACGACGCUGACGGCGCUGCAGGAGGCCAAGAACGAGCGGCUCUGGUUCAAGACGAAGCUCAAGCUUGGCAAGCUGUGGUUCGAUCGCGCAGAGUAUGGCCGCCUCCAGAAGAUCAUCAAGGAGCUCAACAGCUCGUGCCAGCACGAGGACGGCACCGACGACAUGAAGAAGGGCACGCAGCUGCUCGAGGUGUACGCGCUCGAGAUCCAGAUGUACACCGCCACCAAGAACAACAAGAAGCUCAAGAGCUUAUACCAGAAGGCGCUGCAGAUCAAGUCGGCUAUCCCCCACCCCAAGAUCAUGGGCGUGAUCCGAGAGUGCGGCGGCAAGAUGCACAUGGCGCUCCGCGAGUGGGAGCCGGCGCGCAACGACUUUUUCGACGCCUUCAAGAACUACGACGAGGCCGGGGUGGGGCGGCGGAUCCAGUGCCUCAAGUACCUCAUCCUCUCCAACAUGCUCAUGAACUCGGACAUCUCGCCCUUCGACUCGCAGGAGGCCAAGCCGUACAAGAACGACCCCGAGAUCCUCGCGAUGACCAACCUGCUCUCCGCGUACAUGAACAACGAGAUCCGCGAGUUCGAGCGCAUCCUCAAGCGCAACAACUCGACCAUCAUGGGCGACGCAUUCAUCAAGAUGUACCUCGACGACCUGCUCAAGAACAUCCGCACGCAGGUCCUGCUGCGCGUCAUCAAGCCGUACACGCGCAUCCGCCUCUCCUUCAUCUCGAGCGAGCUCAACAUCGCGCAGGGCGAGGUGGAGGAGCUGCUCGUCUCGCUCAUCCUCGACGGCCACAUCGACGGCCACAUCGACCAGGUCGGCGCGCUCCUCCUCCUCACCGACAAGGCGGCCGACGCCAAAAAGUACAGCGCGCUCGACAAGUGGUCGACGCAGCUCGCGGCGCUCCAGUCCACCAUCUGCAGCAAGGUGAGCUGAGCUGGGCGGGCGGCGGUUGGCGGCUGCCCGCCCGCCUGCCGCGCCCCCUCGCGGCGGCGGGCAGGCGUGGCGCAGGCCGAAGGCAGCGCGAGUACUCAGCGUCACUCUCUCUCGACGCCACACACACAUUAUGUCUCUCUCUUCCCAACUACGUUGCUCGUCCCGUGUUCAUAUCUCUCGAGGUCGCGUCCCGUGAGACGAGGAGCGCGGGGCGAGCAGGGGGUCUAUUCUCGAUUCGUUUGCGCGUCUCUCUCUAUAAUCGUGUUUUCACGUCGAGGCUCGCGGAG